CCACAAGCAGACAAAAGUGCGCAGACCGCGGUCGCAGGUAGUCGCAGGUAGUCGCAGAUCAACGCGCAGGUAGCCGCGCAGUUAAUCGUGUUUUUUGGCAAGUUUUUUCUUCUCUUAAAUUCACAAAAACAUCUUACAACUGCCACAAAAGUUUUAAACAUAAAAUAUUCUCAUCAAAUACUAAAAAAGUGUUUGUAUAACGAUAAAAGUUAUUAAUAAUCAUAAAAACUUUAAAGUUCUGUGGAAAGUUUAGAAAAAGUGUGAUUUAUUGGGUCGAUAUCGAUUUGGUGGAAUCAUCAAGAUGACGGAACCCUCUAAUGAGCUGGAAAUGCGACGGAAGGCAAUGGCGAACCGUCAAAUGUCAACUGUUGCCUCACGCAGGCAACACGCCGUGUGCGUGCGUCGCGCACACAAACACUACGGCACCAAAAAGAACCCUUUUGUUAUCCUCGAUGGACUAAACAUGACUGUACCUAAAGGCGCCAUCUAUGGUUUACUAGGCGCGUCUGGUUGCGGUAAAACUACUCUACUCUCAUGUAUAGUCGGCCGUAAACGUCUCAAUUCCGGAGAGAUUUGGGUUCUUGGAGGAACACCUGGUUCUAAAGGAUCAGGUGUGCCAGGUCCUAGAAUAGGAUACAUGCCGCAGGAAAUUGCUCUCUAUGGUGAAUUUACCAUCAGGGAAACAAUGUUAUACUUUGGAUGGAUUAGUGGAAUGUCUACUGAUGAAGUAGAUGACAGAUUGUCGUUUCUACUGCAGUUUUUGAUGCUGCCAGGACCGGAUAGACAAGUGAAAACGCUAUCUGGUGGACAACAGAGGAGAGUAUCAUUGGCAGCAGCAUUGUUGCAUCAACCUGAGUUGUUGAUUUUGGACGAACCGACUGUUGGAGUUGAUCCGAUGUUACGGAAGAAUAUUUGGGAUCAUUUGCAGCAUAUUACUAAGAAUGGACAGACGACUGUUAUUAUCACUACGCAUUAUAUUGAUGAGACGCGUCAAGCAAGCAUUAUUGGUCUAAUGCGUGGUGGUUACCUGCUCGCUGAAGAGUCCCCUGACCGUCUGGUAGCCCAAUACCAUGCCGAAUCUCUGGAAGACGUCUUUCUAAAACUCUCCGUCAUCCAAAACAUGGGCAAACGACGCCGCAGCUCCAUUGCCACCGAAGUAGCGACCGCCAUUACCGUCCCACGUGGCGCUAUCAACGAAGCAAUCAUCGUCGAUGAAGACCACGAAAUCUCCGGCGAAUUCGGCGAUAACAUCUCCAUGGGAAGUCGUGGGGGUCGUGUUUCCAUCACACCAGAUGAUCCUGACUUAGCGCAACCCGAAAUGCCUCCACCUGAAGAAGUAAAAUCAACCUGGCGAGAUAAAGUGUUUUUCCUCAAGAAACACCAUAUGAAAACUCUAGUUUGGAAAAAUUUCUUAUGGAUGAUACGUAACUACGGCGUGAUGUUAUUCAUCAUUGGAUUACCUGUUAUCCAAGCUGUGUUGUUCUGUAUGUCAAUCGGUCACGAUCCUUAUAACUUACCGGUAUCAGUGGUGAAUUAUGAACUAAACCAAGGCGAAGCUUGCGAAUUUAAACCAGGAUGCAAUAGUUCACGACUAAGCUGCAAUUAUUUAGACUUUUUAAAACGAAGAACACUACAACUGCACUAUCACGACGACGAAGACGGUGCGAAAGGCGAGGUCGUCGCUGGAACUGCUUGGGCAGCACUUGUAUUCAAAUCAAACUUCUCUGACGCUUUACGUGCUCGAUUGAAUGAUGGACGGUCUGUGACUGAUAUCGACGUUGAAAACUCUGAAGUUGCUGUGUAUCAAGAUAUUUCAAAUGAAAACAUCGGUUCAUUCUUGAAACGUGACUUGUACUUCAGUUUUGAAUCGUUUUUCCAAGAUUACCUGGCUUCGUGUGAAAUCGACAUCAAGAUCGGCACUAUUCCAAUAAGAUUCAAUGACCCGAUUUAUGGUUAUCGUGAUCCUAACUUCACUGACUUUGCUGCGCCUGGUGUAAUCCUGACAAUCAUCUUUUUCUUAGCGGUGGCGCUGACAUCGGGUGCCAUGUUACUCGAACGCAACGAAGGAAUCCUCGAACGUUCAUUGGUCAAUGGUAUCACUCCGAUUGAAUGUCUUUUCGCGCAUGUAAUAACUCAAUUCACGGUUAUGUUAAUGCAAACUGUAAUGGUUCUGGUUAUUACAUUCGCUGUGUUUGACAUAACCAACAAAGGUCCGAUUGCAUUAACGGCUUUACUUACGAUUUUAACUGGUCUCUGCGGUAUGUGUUUUGGUUUUGUUGUUUCUUGCUUGUGUGAUAAUGAACGCACAGCUACUUAUUUAGCUUUGGGUAGUUUUCUACCCAUUGUAAUGUUGUGUGGUAUCAUCUGGCCGAUUCAAGGUAUGCAUUACACAUUACAGCUUAUUUCUUAUGUGUUACCUUUGACGAAGAGCACAGAAAGUCUUCGUUAUGUCAUGUCUAAAGGAUGGACUUUAGAUAACCCGGAUGUAUAUUUAGGUUAUGUGAGCAUGUGUAUUUGGAUUUCAAUCUUUUUGACAAUGAGUGUUUUGGUACUUAAAUUUAAGAAAGGUUAAAUUUUUUCAUAAACAAAAUGGUGGACAGCGUUCAAACUUUAGUUUAACCUAUAAAAAUUUUGCUCAAUUUGUUGGUUUGCAUCGAAUUCGGUGUGAAUUUAUGCGCGGAAUUAUUUAUUUUAUUUUAUCCUAUGAUAAGCACCAAGAAAAUUACCGUACAUAAUCUGAAAACAAUAUUAACUAUAAAAAUUUAGUUGCCAUACAUUUAUGCACAUGUUUGCCAAAGAUUGAUCCACAAACAAACCUUUAUUCUCGAAUUCAAACAAUAAUAAUUUUAUCUCUGUCGAUAUUGUUAUAAAAUUUAAUUAUUUUAUAUUGAUGUACAUAAUGUGUUAAAAAUUGUGUGUGUGGUUGAAAUUGUUUAUAUUUUGGAAUUGCUUUUAGUACUUUCUAGUUAUGUUUGUUACUAUUAGUGUUAUUAGUGUAUUUUCCCUUUCUAAAUAGUCUUGUUAGUCUUAUCAGUGUUAUUGAUGUCGUUUUUUGUACGUUUUUAUUCGAAUGUAUUGUUUUCUCUUUAUAUUUGUGGCUGUGGACUAUUUAGGAGCAGUAAUCGUAAUGAAUUAAUCAAAUUAAUAGGAGUGGGAGUAAUUAUAUUGAUAGAUGAUGAAAAAGACUCUCUGAUGUGUCCCCCAAAUGUCAUUUGAAAGAAUGCGUUUGUUGGUUUGGUGUAUAUUUGGUUGCCGACUUUUUUGGUAGAUUUAGGGAGCAAAAUAGUUCUGAAAACAAACAUUUUAAUCGAUUGUUAAUGCAUAAUGUUGUUGAAUUGAUUGUAAUUUGUAAUGAAAUGCAAAUAAAGACUAUUUUAAGCGUGUAAA